CUAUAUUGAGAAAGAUAUUACUCCCUCCGUCCCACUAUAUUUGUCCACUUUCAUUUUUGCACACCAUCCAAUGCACUUCUUUAAUCCAUUUUAUCUUGUAAUUUGUAUAUUAAAAAAUUAUAGAAAUUAUAUAUUAAUAAUCUAUAUGUUAAGACAAAUCAAACAAGAUCACACAUGACUAUAUUUAGGCUUACACAUUGAGAGAAUUUGAUGAGUCAAAGUACUUAAAUGAACAGUUCCAAAAGUCAAAACUGGACGAAUAUAGCGGGACGGAGAGAUAGAGAGAGAGAUAGAUACUUUGUGGCCGCGUUGAUGGCGAUGGGCCCGGAAAGAUCAAGGCCGCUGCACAAUUUCACGCUUCCAUGUGAAUUGAAGUGGGGGAGCCGGAAGUUCUUGAGAUGCGUCAAGCUUGAUUCAAACGGAAAAAUCGCCGCCGUACACCGGCGGUCUAAUGGGUUGUCGGCGCCCCAUCCCUUGUUGGGCCGGGUUGCUCCGUCCGCCGCGAGGUCAAACGAAAGGCUGAAGAGGGAGGCGGCCGGGAGUAGCCGGAAAUUCGAGUCCUGCGCCGACGGCGGGAUCGCCUCUGUGAGGGAGAAGUUAAUGUUCGAUCUCCAGACGGCAGCGGAUCAGAUAAAAGACGCGAUUUUGCGGGAGGGGUUGAAAGAAGAGCUUCACCAUCGGCCGGCCGUGGAGGGAGGAGGGGAACAAAAAUUGUCUCCGCCUGAAUCCGCCGCCGCUGACCCGAAUAAGCCCCGGAGCUUGAGGACUCGCCGGACAACCGCCGGAUCGACCCGGAACUUAAACGCUUCCCCACCGAGAGGCGAACCCGUAUCUCCAAUAGUGUUGAACGGGCAACCCGCAGUCGGGCAGAAGAGAGGGAAGCUCUCUGUUCCCCUCUCCCGUCAAGAGAUCGAAGAGGAUUUCAUGGCUAUAGUUGGUCACAGACCCGCUCGCCGCCCCAAGAAACGAUCCAAAUUGGUCCAGAAGAAUUUGGAUACCCUCUUCCCCGGAUUAUGGCUGUCGGAAAUCACACCUGAUUUAUACAAAGUUCCUGAUGAUCAAUAGAACACAUAUAUGGACAGGUUGGUGUUGCAAAAAUUGUCAAGACAAGAUGUGAAAGAAGUAACAUUUAAGUUCAUAUCUUGGCAACUUUGAUGACUAUGCAAUUAUGAAGUGACCGUCUAGCCACUUUGAAAGACCCUUGUGGAUGAGGUUCAUUCAUUUUUUGAAAUGAAAUCCAUGAGCAAACUUGGGAUGAGUCCCUUCUUCUAGUAGCCUUCCACUUGAUUUGAAAAAUUAUUUUGAGAAAUUAUUCAUAUUUUAGAUAAUAAAGAGCAUCAAAAUACUUAUGUGUAAUUAUCUUUUAAUAGACAUUUUGAUAAAUGACUAUUUAGAAAACAUAUCUCAACUAUAAAGGAUCACGUAAGAAAUUUUUGCUUAUUGU